AUGGCAACAUCAACUAGAAAGGUCACCUUUGAUGAAUUUUUUCGAGCUCUUUUCAAUGAAAAAGGAGAACAAUGGACUCCCACAGAUCUACGAGAUGAUCAUGAUAGAAAAGAAGCACUGAAGCAGAAAAUGGACAAAUUCAUAAAUGAACUUGAAAGCUCUCAAUUUUAUCAUGAUUUUCGAGACGAGGUACAAGGUUCUCAUAUUUCUGAACACAUUCGCUGGUUUUUGGUGUCAGAGUCAAAGAUGCGAAUAGUAAUUUAUGGUAUAGGUAGCAUUGAAUCAGAUGAGAAACACUCACCUACAUUACAACUUGGUCUUGCAUUAUUAAUGAAAAAAGAUUUUGGUUGGAUUGAGGGGAUAGAAUUAUUUGAUCCUAUCCUUUCAAAAACUGAAAUCCAAGUUUUGGAAUCUCUUGGUUGUUCUGUCUCAUAUCUCAACGAAUAUGGAAGGAGGAAAGUCCUAAAACCAACAAUGUUCUUCAUGCCACAUUGUGAUAUAAGGCUAUACAACAACCUUCUGGAAGAAAAUUGGAAACCGGAGCUAUUAAGCAAUAUUAUCAUAUUUGGUAACAGCUUUGAUUCUUAUAUCAAGCAUCCUCCAGAUGUUUCAAAGAUCUUCCAUACAAAUGAUCCAAGAAUAAGAAAAUUAGGUAUUUGGGCACUGAUGGGAAAUAUUUUAGCUUCUCAAACAUUUACAAGUGAGUUUAAAAUGAGGACAAUUUCUUAUGAUCGUCAUAAAAUUGGUCAAGAUGCAAGUUUCCAGCGAGACUGUGAUAUUUCCUUUUUCAAUUUAAGUUGGCAUUUUUUUAGCUCUCUCACAAGGAGAAGGAUGCGAUUAGUGAGAGAGAAUACUAGAAACGAAUAUGGUGCAUCUGUGGGACUGAGAUCGAGAAUUGUAGUACGUCAGAAAAAAGAAAAUGUGGCUACCAGCAACACGUCUCUAGAGGAGUAA